AAAACGGUGCGCAUGUAACCUUGUGUUUGUGUUGCUUUAUGGGAGUGUUAAAUCAGCUGGAAACAACGUGAAAACAUUUUAGAUGUGUAUUUUGAUAGUAUUAUUCAGGAGCUAUGAGUAAAUAUAUUUUACCAGUUUCUGUUUUUGGAACAGUGAUCGGAUGCGCUGUUUUACUGAAGAACCAUGUGACUGGAGGCCGGUGCCCAAGUAAAGCUACCAUCAAUGGAAAGACUGUGAUUAUAACAGGAGCCAAUACAGGCAUUGGGAAAGAGACUGCCCAAGAACUGGCCAAGAGAGGGGGCCGGAUCAUUAUGGGAUGUCGGGACAUGGAGAAGUGUGAGGCAGCUGCAAAGGAAAUACGAGGGCAUACUUUGAAUCCUCACGUCUAUGCAUGUCACCUUGAUUUGGCCUCCAUGAAAUCGGUCAGAGAGUUUGCAGAGAGAAUCAACCAAGAGGAGCAGCAUGUGGAUGUUCUGAUAAACAAUGCAGGGGUCAUGAGAUGUCCUGCAUGGAAAACAGAAGAUGGCUUCGAUAUGCAGUUUGGAGUCAAUCACCUUGGCCACUUUUUGCUCACAAAUCUUCUGCUGGAUAAGUUGAAAGAGUCCACCCCCAGUAGAGUGAUCAACCUUACCUCGCUCGCCCACAUCAUUGGAAAGAUUGACUUUGAGGACUUGAACUGGGAGAAAAAGAAGUUUGAUACCAAGCAGGCGUACUGUCAGAGCAAGCUUGCCAAUGUUCUGUUCACCAGAGAGCUCGCCAAGCGAUUACAAGGCACAGGAGUCACAGUGAAUGCUGUGCACCCGGGCGUUGUUGCUACGAGGCUCGGGAGGCACACCAGCCUGCACCAAUCACAGUUCUCAAGUUCUGUGCUUGGUCCCUUUUUCUCGUUGUUGGUAAAGAGCCCAAAGCUGGGUGCCCAGCCCAGCAUCUACCUGGCUGUGUCUGAGGACCUGGAGGGGGUGACAGGGCGGUACUAUGAUGUAAUGACAGAAAAGGAACCAGCGCCCCAGGCCCUGGAUGAGGAGGCAGCUCGCAGGCUGUGGGAGGUCAGCAGCCAGCUGGUGGGUCUGGAGGAGGAAGGACAAUACCACAAGUCAAACCUGUCAGCAGAAAGCCAGAGCAAACCUGCAUAGACACGCCAGUGGAGCCCAGGACCAGCUGUCAGUGCUGUGGGGCUGUAGUUCUGCUCUGGUCUCUGGGCCAGCAGCAAAUAAUGGAUCCUCAUGGCCUGAGCUGUGCUGGGCUCAUAACUAUUAACUGUACAUGCCUUUGUUCCUGCAUCAGGAUAUUUUUCUGUAGAACAUAUAUAACAAUCAGCCUUUGGCAGUUUUUUACAUCAAGACAAAAUUUUAAAAGAAGUAUCACUUUGAUUCUUUUAAAAUAAAAAGUUGAAUUGAUAAA